CCCCGCCGCCCCGCAGGUCAGGUGCCCCGCGCCCCGCCUGGCCCCCCUGCGCCCUACCUGGCCCCGUGCGCCCCGCGCCCCGCCUGGCCUGCACCGUCCUGCCUCGCCCCAGUGCGCUCGGACCCGCCUGGUCGCCUUCCUUUCCCUCGCAGGACCGGAGAGAGCAGCCCCGAGAGCAGCCCCAGGGCCUGCCCGCCCCUAGAAAGGAGCCGGUGUGAUCCUGACAAGCAGAGAUGGGGAGAAAACUGGAUCUGUCCAAGCUCACGGACGAAGAGGCCAAGCACGUCUGGGAAGUGGUUCAGCGGGACUUUGAUCUGAGAAGGAAAGAAGAGGAAAGACUGGAGGGCUUGAAGGGCCGGAUUAAGAAGGAGAGUUCCCAGAGGGAGCUGCUUGCGGACACGGCGCACCUGAAUGAGACCCACUGUGCCCACUGCCUGCAGCCCUACCGGCUCCUUGGGACCCCCAAAAGGCAAUGCCUGGACUGCCUUCUCUUCACCUGCCAAGACUGCAGCCACGCCCACCCUGAGGAGCAGGGCUGGCUCUGCGACCCCUGCCACCUGGCCAGGGUUGUGAAGAUCGGCUCCCUGGAAUGGUACCACCAGCACCUGAGAGCCCGCUUCAAGCGCUUUGGGAGCGCCAAAGUGAUCCGCUCCCUGUGCGGACGGCUGCAGGGGGGAGGUUUCCCUGAUGGAGCGCGAAGCUCACCUGACAUCCACAGUGGGCCUGAGCCAAGCCUUGGUGAGGGAAGUGGAGAGAGUGAGCAGACAGAUGAGGUUGGAGAACUGGACAUAGUGGCCCAGGCCCAGCCCGCUGGCAGCAAGAAAAAGCGCCUCUCCAUUCACGACUUGGACUUUGAGGCAGACUCCGAUGACUCUACUUGGUCUGGCAGUCACCCCCCAUAUUCGUCCCCAGUCCCAGCGGCCACAGACAGCCUACAGGCCUUCACGGAUAAACCCCGUGCAGAGGACACCUCCGCGGAGGCCACAGUCCUGGAGGAGGCCAAUGUCAGCGCCUCUGGGUGCCAUCCCUGUCCAGAAGAGCAGACGGACGGCCCCUCACCUGAGCGACAGGACACCCUCACUGAGCUCUACAUCCCUGGAGGGUCGUGCACGACAGCCCCACGGACUCCUGCCACAGCCGGGACGAGUGCCAUCGGGAGUGAGCAGCUCCCCUCCCGGUAUCUGGCCGCCGUGGACGCCUCCGAUGACGAGAGCACCCGGGCCCCCAGCGCGGCCUCCUGCCAUUCCGGACAGAGAGGCCGCUCUCCGUCCCAGAGCCAGUGUCUCACCAGCUACGAGCCCACAGAUGCCGACAGAGAAGAAGAGACCCUCAGGAGGAAGCUGGAGGAGCUGACCAGCCACAUCAGUGACCAGGGGGCCUCAUCCGAGGAGGAGGAGAGCAGGGAGGAAGAGGCAGACCUGGACAGGAGCCCCUCCAUCAAGGACCUCCCUGGGGCAGCGCCGGAGGUGAGCGUGGCUGCCGGCCAGGCGUACAGACAGGAAACCACCCCCCAGGACCCUCAGGACCUCGUGCAGCCCGGCAGGACCACAGACAAGGACCUGCUGGAGCUGGAGGACAGAGUGGCCCUCACGGCCUCUGAGGUUCAGCAGGUGGAGAGCGAGGUCUCCAACAUCAAGUCCAAGAUUGCUGCCUUGCAGGCUGCAGGGCUCUCAGUGAAGCCGUCGGGAAAGCCCCAGAGGAAGUCCAACCUCCCGAUAUUUCUUCCCCGACUUGCUGGGAGAUUGGACCAGAGUCCUAAGGAUCUGAAUGCAGACCCUGCGGAGGAGGUGAUGACAGGGCCCUAUCUUCUCAGAAGGAAGUUCAGUAAUUCCCCGAAAAGUCAAGGUAAAGACGGGGCCUCCUUUGGUCGGCAGUCGGUGUACCGGGGAUCCCUGACGCAGAGAAACCCCAACGGCAGGAAAGGGGUGGCCAACCACAGCUUUGCGAAACCCGUGAUGACCCACCAGCCCUAAAGGGGGCGCUUUGUGGGAACGGGACGGAGUGGCCCAGGGGCCCCAGCACUCUCUUUCCCUUCGCCUCACCGCCCCGUCCCUCCGUCCGCCCCGCGCUCCGGGCCGCACGCAGUCCGGGGAGAAGACAGGACGCAGCACCAUCCACCAGGGACCCCCACCUGCGAGGGACCAGCGUUCUCAGACCCUCGGCUCCUCACCCACGUUCACAGACGACCUCCGCCCCCACCCCUGCCGACCCGCUCUGAUCCGUGAGAAACAUCUAAGCUGACCUGGUUUUCCUUUAGGGCGGCGUUAAACUCUGAAGGACACAAAGAACAACACUUUCAGUGUGAUCUUUUAGCCCUUUCCCUGCUGGCUCGGUGCAGCACCUGCUCUGUGUGUAUUCCACGCGGUGUCAGAGUGCCUGUGUGCGUGGGCGUGUGUGCGCAUGUGCACGUGCAUGUGCCUGUGUGUGCACGCGUGUGCACGCGUGUGCUGUCGGACAAGGAAAUCCGGCAUCCCGACGAGUGAUUGAACUCAUGGCCAGCUGACCCCCCGACCCCCUCGCAGCUACUCUGUGGGUUCACCUGUAGCUCACAGCCCAGGAGGAAUUACACUGUGGUCAAGGGCAGAGCGAGCACGUGGCGGCAGGUGAGCCUCAGGUCGAUGCCCAGGCGCAGGCGCGGAGGGCCUGUGGGAGAGGCGGAUGCUGGAGCCCAGGACAUGCAGGCAGGAGGGUGGGGUCCGGCCUGGUGCUGCCGCUGCUGUGGUGACAUCCAGCGGGACGGGGCCAGGACCAACCAGGGAUGCCUGCUGGGCACCUGCCGUCCGUGCUGUGGGUGAGCUCCAAGUCCCUCCACCUGGGACAGUCUGGGAUUCACCGUUA